AUGUCUGCUCUUUUGUCGUUGCUUUUAAUGCUUUCCGUAUUUUUGAUAUCCGCUCUUCCACAUUCUCUCAACAAUCUCUCUCAUCACCACCACCACCAACAAGAAUUGCUCUUGAGAUUCAAGGCCGCCGUUUCCAAGAACGGCACUUCUCUGGCCGACUGGACUCCCCUUCACCCCUUCUUGUGCAACUGGACUGGUGUUACUUGUCACUCGUCUUUUCACACUGUCCGUGCCAUCAAUUUAACCCUAAUGAGUUUAAACGGCACCAUCUCUCCUGUCCUGGGGAAUCUCUCCUCUCUUCGAUCCAUAGAUCUCUCCGGCAAUUACCUCACUGGUACCAUUCCACCCCAACUCGGCCAGCUCCCACAUCUACGGACACUCUUGUUGUACGGCAAUCAAUUAAAAGGAACCAUUCCGCCCACUCUCUCCGCUUGCCGCAAUUUGCAUUUUCUGGCACUCUCCUAUAACCAACUGCAUGGCAGCAUUCCGCCUGAGCUGAGUCUUCUCACAAAUUUGAAGUACCUCUACUUGGCCUCAAACAUUCUCACGGGUACCAUUCCGCCCUCUUUCGAAAAUCUCUCUGCCUUAGUCAUAUUGGAUUUGGGUAUGAAUGAGCUCUACGGCACCAUUCCAUGGGAAAUUGGUGACAAGCUCUCCAAUUUGGUAUCCAUUUACUUAAAUGGGAAAUCAGCUUAG